ACAAAUUAAAGUCAAAUAAAGAUUUUAAAACAAAAGAUGAAAGAAAAGAGAAAAAGGAAUCAAAAGAGUCAUCGAAAAUGUCUAAAAAUAGUGUAAACAAUAUAACUAAAAGUAAGUCAUCGAAAGGAGGACAACCAUUACAAGACAAUGAUUUGCGCAAUGGAUUGGACACAAGUCUGUGGUCGUCCACUCCUCCAAUCGUACGAGAAAAUAAUAACACGUUUGCCACUAAUAAUCCCAUUAGUCAAACAAGUGUCAAACAAGAGGUUCACUCACCCACUCCGCCACAAUUAUUGCCACUAAUGAGUAACACAUCUUCACCAUCACUUCCAAUACCUCCCAUAUUAACGACAGCCGUCGCUAAUGUAACACCACCGACAUCAACACGAACUACUCCAGAGAUCUCACCGAGUGUUGGCCAACCCGACGAGUUUCUAUUGGCCGCUAAGCGACUGAAACACGCGGCCGAUAAAGAGACUGAUAGAACUGUGCAGACGUGCAAAUACUUGGAAGCAGUUCUUUAUUUUAUACUCACCGGUAAUGCUAUGGAACAGAAGGCUAACGAACCCGACAAAGUGUGUGUCAUGUAUAAGGAAACACUGAAUCUGAUCCGAACCAUAACUAACAAGUUUUCUAAGUCCCGGUCGCAACACUCAGCCGAUGUGCCCACUACUGACCACAAGUUGACAACAUUGUCAUACAGAUGUCAAUCAUUACUAUAUCUAAAGUUAUCGCGGAUUAAAUCGAAAGAGAUUCGCGACAACAAUAAGAUAUUACAAAAUACAAGUCAAGAAAUGAUUGCAACGACAAGUGAUAAUAUGGUUACCAUAUCGUCCACACUGUGGAAUGCCUUUCAAAAACAAUUGUUUUUAUUACAACAAUACCAUAUGGCACAUGAUUUGUGGUCACAGGCUGACCAUCUCAUUGAAAAGUAUGGCUCUUGUAAAGCAUUUUUUGUAGCCUUAGAUAGUGAAUGCGGAUCUCUGAGUCUCAACUCAUCAUUUGAUCAUUUAGUCCAUUAUGUCAGAUCUGGACUACAGAUCCUUAAAUGAUUUGAUGAUAUUUUUCUAUCUUUGAGAUAAUAUAUGACUAAUAUUAUUAUUAAUAAUGAAAAUGAAUUAAUAUAGAAAUGCUGUAAUGUGCAUACAUUGAUGUUAUUUUU